AGGACCCAACACCAGCUCAGGAGCAUCUCGUUCCACCUUGUCAGAGACACUUUGCCUUUUGCUGCUGAAUCCUUUGCUUUUCUUUCCUCACCAACUUCUUUUAACUCAUGCUUUCACAGUCUUUUUCUUCACCUCUCAAAGCCUCUUUAUUCUCUGAUUCCGGGACAAACCACUGAGCUUUCUCUUGACUUCCAUGUUCUGAGCUCAGAGCCAUUGUCCCUUCCCCUUCCUCUUCCCACAGAGCUGCAGCAGAGGCAGAGAUGACUGAUCCCAACUUCAGUCUAGUUUCUGCAUCAACGCUUUCAUUCUGAAGAAAGAGAAGAAGAAGAAGAAUGGAGGAAUUCAAAUAUGGAGAGCUUCAAGCAGCCACUGAUGACUUCUCUCUCACAAGGCUCAUAGGAAAAGGAAGCCAUGGAUGUGUGUACAAGGGUGUUCUCAGAGAUGGCAAGCUGAUCGCAGUCAAGAAGCCGUCUCUGGGUCUCCAAAUUCUUCAAGACAACUCGAAGAUCGACCAUGAAAUUGAGAUCCUCUCGGCAUUGCGCAGAAGCCCACACCUGGUCAACAUGGUUGGAAUAAGCCAUGACCACUUAACUCAGAAGAAGCUCCUGGUCAUGGAAUUCAUGCCCAAUGGUUCCCUUCAUGACUUGCUUCAUAACGUCUCCACCCCACCAAGCUGGCCCAAGCGCGCUUUCAUGGCGCUCCAAAUCGCCCGAGCUGUGCAAGCCCUUCACGAGGCUCAACCUUGUGUUAUUCACAGAGACAUCAAGUCUGCCAACAUUUUGUUCGAUUCCAAUUGGAAUGCUAAAUUAGCAGAUUUCGGCCUCGCAGUCCGACUCGGAGAUGUUAAUCAACCGGUUCCCCCUCCGAGUCAACCCGCUGGUACAAUCGGUUACUUGGAUCCUUGUUACACCACACCUGGGAAACUAAGUACCAAAACUGAUGUCUUCAGCUACGGCGUGGUUCUGCUGGAAAUCAUCAGCUGCAGGCGAGCCAUAGAUGUCGAAUGGGAGCCUGCAUCCAUCGUCGACUGGGCGCUACGAUUGACAAACCAGGAUCGGAUGAUUGAAGUCUGCGAUUCAAGGGUUGCAUUGCCCUCUUACAUGGAGACUACCGUAAGGUGUAUGCUUAGCUUGGCUGCUCGUUGUGUGUCGUCCAAGGAAGACUUCCGGCCGGCGAUGAGAGAGAUCGCCACCGAGUUGAAAACUUGUCUGGCGGAACGAGUUCGACUCCCUGUGUGGCGGAGCCUCAUUUGGACCAUCCUUUUGAGAAGAAGACGGAGAAAACCAGAGAAACGGAUCACCACGGUAAUUCGUUCAGUGCAUCAGACAGAUGCCCAUGUUGAUCAUUCAGCAAGGAAGCUGCUGGUAAGAGAGGUUUUGGCCGAUGCAUCCCUCAAUUAAAAUUUUAAAAUUCAAAAUUUAACCAGGUCUGCUUGAGUUGACUCGGUUCGGUUCGUUCGUGCUGCCGAGUCAAGUCUUGCUACGACAGAGAGACAGUUACAGUCUUGUCGUAGCGCCGCGCUGAAACAACGAAAUCAAAACAUAUGAUGUAUUACCAUGGCCCCACUUUGAAUUCCUGGUGGGGCCACUUCAAUACAUCUAUGGCCACGAUUCUCGAUUUUAGCUGUUGUAUGACGAUACUAUCGUAGAGUGAACCGGUUCUCCUUUCAAAUUAUUA